UUUUUCACUUCAAAAAAAAAAAGGAAGAAUUCAUUUCUGGUUUCUUUCCUUCAAUUCUCAUCUUCCCACACAUCACAGUUUUCUCUAGCUUCUGCAGCAGUGAUCCCUGCAGAGAAAUUUCCAUCAGAAUAUAUUUUCCGGAGCAAAAGCUUGAGAGGAGCCAUUGAGCAUACCUUCUGCUUCUACCAUGGAGAUGAACAACGACGAAAUGAUAUCGAAGAUGGAAGAUUAUGAGGUGAUAGAGCAGAUUGGGAGAGGAGCUUUUGGAGCUGCCUUUCUUGUUCUUCAUAAAACCGAGAAAAAGAAGUAUGUGCUGAAGAAGAUUCGGUUGGCCAAACAAACAGAGAAGUUCAAGCGCACAGCCCAUCAGGAGAUGAAUCUGAUAUCAAAGCUAAACAACCCUUACAUUGUGGGGUAUAAAGAAGCAUGGGUGGAGAAGGGAUGUUGUGUAUGCAUUGUGACAAGUUACUGUGAAGGAGGUGACAUGGCUGAAAUGAUAAAGAAGGCAAGAGGAACCCUUCUUCCUGAGGAGAAGCUCUGCAAGUGGAUGGCCCAGCUAUUGUUAGCUGUGGAUUACCUUCAUUCCAACCGCGUCCUACACAGGGAUCUUAAGUGCUCCAACAUAUUCCUUACAAAAAACAAUGACAUCCGGCUAGGUGACUUUGGACUUGCCAAACUGCUAAGCACAGAUGAUCUAGCUUCCUCGAUUGUAGGCACUCCAAACUACAUGUGUCCAGAGCUCCUUGCUGAUAUACCAUAUGGCUACAAAUCAGAUAUAUGGUCCCUAGGCUGCUGUAUGUUUGAAAUGGCUGCACAUCAUCCUGCAUUCAGAGCUCCUGAUAUGGCUGGACUCAUCAACAAAAUCAACCGAUCCUCCAUGUCUUUGCUCCCAACUGUAUAUUCCUCUACACUGAAACAACUGAUCAAGAGCAUGCUAAGAAAAAACCCGGAACACAGGCCAACUGCUGCUGAACUACUGAGGCAUCCACAUUUACAACCAUACGUUGCUCAGUGCCAGAACAUACCUCCUGUCUUUCUUCCAAUAAAGUCUGAAUACAACUCCAAUGACAAAACCUCAGGAACGCGAUCAUCUAACAAGUCUAGCAUUGACAAAGACAGCAAAGGUGGAAAGUCAAGACUGAGGAAGGAGUUGGAAAAUGUUCAGUUAGUUAAAGGAAAUACUGAUGUGCAUAAACAAAAUCCGGCUUAUAAUCAAAUGCCCACUUCUUCUGAUUCCCUGGAAGCUAGAGUCCACACCAAAAGGGUUGAUCCUACCAGCUGCUAUGACCAAAUGCCUAAAGCCAACAAGGGUUUGGUAGUUGACCCCAACUUCACUGAACAAACUGAAAAUUCCAAUGCAGAAACCGCCUCAGUAAGAACAUCAAGCACCCAUCAGGAAGAUGUGGAACCGGAUGAGCUCAUUUCUGAGUGUGCCCAGAAAGUGAAGAAAGAAGGGCAAGUUACUGAUGAAGCAGACACAGAAGAGGAGAGAUUGGAAACACUGUAUGCAGGGCCAAUACCACCAUCAGAAGCCAUGAAAAUUGCCAAACAAGAGCGUGAAAUAGUACCGUCAUGCUGCUUACACACAAUGGAGAACCUCAGUUCAUAUCCAGCAAAUACUUCCAUGGGAAACUCAUCAAUGGAAAGUACAGUGACACUUCCCUCUGAAAAUGAACAGGAAGCCAAAACAGACACUCUCAUCAUCCCUUUCCAAACACCCAAAAAAGGGGCUCGUGAGCUGAACCGGGCGGUCAGUGACAUCUCAUCAAUAAUAACUCCAAGUAUGCUGAACAGCAACAACAGAAGUAUUGAUUUGGACCAUCUGAACCAGCAGAGAGCAGAAGCUCUUGAGUCACUGCUUGAGCUUUGUGCACGUUUACUCCGACAAGAAAGGCUGGAGGAACUUGCAGGAGUGUUAAAACCAUUUGGGGAAGAAGCAGUUUCAUCAAGAGAAACUGCAAUUUGGUUGACAAAGAGCAUAGCAAGUUUAGGAAAACAUAAUGGGGGAAGCUAGCAACACUUGAUAGAUGGUGUAGGGAAUUUUUCGGGUUUCUGCAGAGUGCCUUCAGGAUAGCCUAUCUUCAUCUCAGAUCAUCGGCAUAGUUCAGCUAGGAAGUAACUCUCUUGUUUAUUCUUCUGCUUGCUUUUGAAUUCUUGAUUGUUGAUAAGGUGGUGUUAGGUGUUAUUUUUGAAACAGUUGUUGAGAUCAAAAGGGCAUGAUUUAUACUUGUUUCUCAAGCUGUAAAUCACAAUUCCCAAAAUUUGCACACCUGGAAGGGGGAGGAUAAAAAAAGGAAAAAAAGAAAAAAAGGAGUUGGUCAUGAUCACAGCACACAGUUUAAUCUUUUACAAAUCUCA